CCAGGUUUUACGGAAGUGCUAUCCGCGUACACCAACCCUCUGUGACCCUGACACGUUUCAGGUUAGGACACGUGGCAUGCCGGGAAGUGUAGUCCUUCCGAGCGCUGAGUGUCUGUGAUCUGCGGGUUUAGUGGAGCGAGGAGAACUACAAUUCCCAGCGGGCAACGGGGCCUCUCCAACAUUACCGGGGAAGAUGUCGGGGAAAGUGAAGGUUCGAGCGGCUGCUAAUGCCGAGUCUAUGGCAGGAGCCGUGUCCGUGAAUGAGAGAAUCCUGAGAGACUGUCACAACCUGUACACCGAGCCUGACAAUGGUCUCAUCUCUCUGGCCGCCCACCUGGGUGUCACCUUCCUCCCUCCCCGUAAGAAGAUCACAGUGAUGUUGAUGGGAAAUCACUCUGCCGGGAAGAGCAGCUUCAUCAAUUGGUACAUCGAGGAGCACAUCCAGAGGACGGGAGUCGCCAUCGAAACGCAGGGGUUCACCUUCAUCACCAGCGGCCGCAAGAGGGAGACGCUGACUGGAGAUGCCACCCUUCACCUCUAUCCUCACUUCAAGCCCAUGCAGUCUUUCCAAGGCGUUUCUGAAUACCUCUGCACUGAGAUCUCCACGUCGCGCCAGAAGAAGUUCAGUCUCGUCACCUUUGUGGACUCUCCGGGACUGGUAGAUGGAGACAUGAAGUACCCCUUUGAUGUGAACAACGCCCUCCUGUGGUUGGGAGAGCUGUGUGACCUGGUCCUGGUUUUCUUUGACCCUAUGGGUCAGGCGCUGUGUAAACGCACCCUGGACAUCGUGGAGAAGAUGAACGAAAAACACGGCGAUAAACUGCGCUUCUACCUGAGCAAAGCGGACGAGGCCGGAGGAGAGAGCGACCGCCAGAGGGUGCUGAUGCAGAUUGUACAGGAGUUGUGCAAGAGACCCGGGCUGAACAAAUGCGGCUUCGACAUGCCAACGAUUUACAUCCCCAACCCCAACAAGCCAAGCCGCUGUAUUAAUCAGGUUGAAGAUGUGUGUAAAACCAUAGAGAAGACCAUCACUCAGACAGUCCAGACAACACUAAACACGCUCGGGAGGGACUGCCAGAAGCUGACGGAGAGCAUUGAGAACGCCCUGCAGGAAGAUGACGAAACGGCCUGGAGGAACCGGCGCGCUCGGGUUCGAGGAUGUCUCUUUGGCCUCUCCGGUUUUCUUCUUCCGCUUUUCCUCUUUGCUUCUGCCCUCUUUGGAUCCAUCCCACAGUCUGUCUGGGCCGGUCUGUUGGGCACCUCGGGAGUGGAGACCCUGGAACUAUACCUGUCUCCCAUUGAAACCCUGUGGUCCCUGGUGCCGGAAGACUACGUUCUUUAUACUUUCCUGGCUCUGACACUGCUGGCCUUUCUGUUCCUGCUGUUGGCCCAGAGAUGCUUCAGGACACGUCCAACGCUAAGCAAGAAACAGCGGCGAGUCCUACAAGACCGCCAUACGUAUGUCGGAGAAGUGGUCACUGAGAAAAAGAAACACCUGUAUGAAGAGUAUCUGAAGCAAAGUGUGGGUGAGCAUGACAUGAGCUGAUUUCCGGAGAAGCCCGAGGACCGAGAUAAACCCGCAACCCGAUCAUUCAUCAGCCACCACUAACCUCUUCCCUAUCACAGGGGCCAUCUGAGAUUUGUUACACCCGUCAACACUACGGCCGCUCCUUCUCUUCCCCCCUCCGAUGUUCUUGUCCCCACUUUCCAUACACCCCAACACUAGAUCAGGCCAGUUCUCACCAGAUGCAUGCGUUUUAGUGGUUGUGUUUUUAUAGUAUUAAAUCUGGACCCCGUUCAGUUGAUGUGAAUGGGAAAGGUCAGCGUACCUAAAAUUGCAGCCUGUGGGAUUUGUAUUUACGUCGGACCCCCCCACACACAAUGGUGGGCACAGGCUCUAUGGGAAAACAAGACUUUCUGGUCUCUUUCAGCAUUUUUCAGCUCCGUUAAAAGGCACAAAGGCAUCUGGUGAGAACAAGGCUUUCUAC